AUGGUGUUGAGGGCAAUUCAACGUUUCAUUAUCCUCUAUAUUCUUUAUACAAUCACUCUUGUACUUUGUGUUCCAUUAUCAGCUUUUAUUUGGCACAUUCGACGAAACUAUAUUAAGGAGACAAAAGUUGCAGGAGAUAAUACGUUUGGAGUAAAACCGAAAAACCUCAAAGAAUCGAUCAACAACAAUCACUUCUCAUCAGUCGAAUUUCCCGUUGAAGCAAAAUCGUUCAAGAAGCGCUCGGCGGGCAGUGCA